GUUAUCUAAAGCUACCGACACGUUAAAAGGGAUGUCCGUUAAAGAUACUAAGAAGAGUGAGGAAAAGGGUUUGCAGGGCGUCGAGGUGGAAAGAGCCGGCACAUUGCAACAAGUCAGCAGCAUCUACCAAAGUGGUGUUGAGAAGGUCCCCGAACAGGCUGAGGAGAAGUCCAAUGCGACUGCUUCUGGGGAGGAAGCCAAGAAGGAGGCUCAGAAGGAGAAGGUCCUCGGUCGAAUGAGACGUUCCCAUCCACUUGGCCGAGUCGUUAAUAGGAAAUGCAGUGUCCCCCUCCUCGGUAUGAGCGCCAGGGGCAUCAAUUAUCGUGGUAUCGUCAACCUCAUGUGUUUGCUGUUGGUGGUAUUGAAUCUUCGGUUGGUGUUGGAAAAUCUUAUCAAGUACGGUUUGCUCUGGCGACCUUGGGCGUAUCUUUCCAUCGACAACCUCCGGCAUAACUUGCCCCUCGUCUAUACCCUCGCUCUGAUCCUGUGCGGCCCUGCCCUCAGCUUCAUCAUUGAAAGGUACAUCGCACCUCGGCAGCAAGACCGUCGCCUGGCGAACGCCCUGCAGUUUUUAGUGUUAUUAACAGUCUUGCUGGGUCCACUGUAUACCGUUGAAAGUACAACACCGCACGGUCUCCUCGCGAUGGGCUUACUGUGCUGCUCGGUCACCUACGCAAUGAAAAUUGGGAGUUAUUGGCACGUCUGUCACGACCUGUUCUGGUCUGUCAAGAUGAACAAACUAGAGAUGCUUCUCAUUGAUGAGAAAGAGACGCUAGAAAUGGCGAAGAAGUACCCCCGGUGCCUCUCACUCAAGGACAUGUACAUGUAUAUUGCCUAUCCAACUCUGUGUUAUCAACUGUGGUAUCCCCAAUAUCCCCGUCGCAAUUGGGUGCGGUUACUGAAGUACACCGCUCUGCUACUGUUCUGUCUCGCAUUGCAACUCAUCAUCAUUCAACAGUAUAUGUUGCCCGUCCUCCUCAACGCUCCAAUCAUGCUGAAGGAGUCCCAAAGUUGGCGUCAAAGUGCCCUGAUCUUAUCGGAAAGGAUAUUGAAAUUAGCUGUGCCCAACUUGUAUUUGUGGUUGUUGAUGUUUUUCACUCUUUUUCACACUUGGAUGAAUAUCCUGGCGGAGUUGACCAGGUUCGGAGAUCGCGAGUUUUACUUGGACUGGUGGAAUUCGGUCAAUUUUAGAGAAUAUUGGCAGAAAUGGAAUCUUCCUGUUCAUUACUUCAUCCUUCGUCACAUGUACAUCCCUAUGAGAAGGCAACUAGGUUAUUCCCCAGAGGCUGCAGGAAUGCUCUGCUUCGUUCUCUCUGGUAUCGUCCAUGAGUACAUUUGUAUGGUGCCGUUUGGUUUGCCGUUCUACACUGUGGUCACUCAAGGGUUCAUAGCACAGGUACCACUUCUGAUCAUAACAGAGAAGAAGUUCAUCAAAGAAAGGCCCAACUUAGGGAAUUGCAUUUUUUGGAUUACCUUUUGCUUCACUGGACAACCUGCAGCUAUGAUGGUGUUCUUCCUACUCAAAUACAUGUGAGGCGGCUAGUGCGUUUACCCGAUUUAUUCCGCAAAGUUGACAAUACAUCGUCGGUUACCGUAAGCUU